AUGGAGGAAUCACGACUUGGCUUUUCUCUUUUCCAGGCAGACUCUGCCCAAUCCCCGCUUUACACGUUGCGCAUGCCAUACUUUACCAGUACCAGCCCGCGUAAGACUUCUAUGACGACGUCUGCUGACAUGGAGUCCACGUCAUACGUGUCCCUCGAUUUAUCCGUUCCUUCCUGGUGGAUUCCGGUCGCCCAUGAAAUUGCUUUCGCCGGUGACGCAGCAGAGUUAACGGAAGUCAAGGCGACGGAGGCACGGGCAGCUAAAAACGACAGCGAUUGCGACGAAUGCUUUCUAGUGCUUGGCGGGUCUGUUGUUGACGGGGAUAGGCGACAGGCCGUGCCGGUUACUCGCCUUGAAUUGCUCAACGAGCGCUUGCAGACGAUCGAACGGCGCGCGGGCGCGCUAGAUGAGCUCCUGGUGGCGAUCCGACGGCUGGCGGAGAAUCUAAAAGCGUCGCGAGGGUCAGGAGGCUCGGAGAAGGGUGGAGAGGACAAGAAGAAGGAGGAUAACGGUGGUGGUGGAAAAGGGAGAAGAAGCGGGAGUGCGGGAGAAGAUGAUUGUGAAGGGAAUGGGGAGGAUCUGGAAAUGGAAGUUGACAGUGACGGAGGAUUUGAUGGUGCUGAUGAUAAUGAUGAUGAUGAUUACAGUUAUGGGGAUUCUGGAGACGAGGAUGCGAUGGAGGAAGAUGAAGAGGAUGGCGAUGACGACGACACCUUGUACGGAUACGACGCUUUUCUGGAGGAAGAUGACGGUAUUACAGGCGCCAAGGAGGACGGCGAGGAGGGCUCGGAUUGGGAAUGGGGAGUGGGGCGAUUCCACAGCGUCUCAUCAGCUCCUUCAUCAAGUGGAGAUUCCGCCACUGGCGCGGAUGGUCUGUCCUUGAUAGAAGCAGAGGCGUUACAAGCACAGGCUGCGUGCCACGCCGCUUUUUCUGCCGUGCGCAGAGGGAAGAAGAGCCGGCCGAGUCCCAGAGGGGACCAGGACGAGCCAUGGCAGCAAGGUGCGGGAGAGGCGGAGGAGCAGGAGGAGGCGGAGCGCGUGUUGCGGUGGUGCUCGGUGCGUAGCAUGGGCAAGCGCGGCUUUGUGCGGUGCCAGAUGGAGGUGGGCGGUGUGGUCAGCAACGUCAGAGCGCUCGCAGCUCUAGGCCUCUCCACCACCUCUCCCAUUGUGAUUACCCUGUACUUCACCGACCAUGCCUGGCGCCUCCGCGCCUCGCACCCACACCAGCAGCAGCAGCACCACCACGCGCAGCACCAUCACCAGCGGCGGCAGCAGAGUGGUGGGGAAGAGGCGGCGUCCUUUCCAGAGCCUUCCCGGGUGGUGGUGUCGCAGCCAGCGGCAGAGGCGGGGGAAGGAGGAGAGCCGGGCAGCAGCAAGGGGGAGCAGAGGAGGCAGCGGCGGCAGGUUCUGAUGCGAGUUCUUCUGGAGCAGUGCGUGAGGCACACAAGGAGCAUCAGCAAGGAGUCCCUUGUCACUCCCGUUUCCGCCGCCGCGGAUGCUGCAGACGCUGCCAUUGCUAGCAACAACAACGACAGUGGCAAGGGUGGCAGCGCGGGGAACACCGGUGCUUUAUCUGGGAUGAGCGAGACUGCAAUGCGUGCCACGUUGAAAAGGCUGGGCGGUUCGGAUCCAGCGAAGACGGAAGCAGCAGCAUCCGGCGCUUCACACUCUUCUGCGUCCACACGGGUGGGCGAGGGGUGGAGUGUGCAGCAGGCAUUGGAGGCACGGGUGCUGCAAGUGGUGGAGCAGGCAGACGAGCGCGUGGGGCAGGAGGCAGCAUGCCGAGUGGGUGUGGACUCUCUUGUUCCUGCCGCUGUCACCGCCUUCUUUAAAGCCCGCCACUCGCAAGCAGCGGGGGAAACGGGAGCAGAAGCGCGGGGUAAGAAGGGAGGUCUAGGGAACGCGUUUGUGGGGCUGCUGGUGCACGUGGCGAGGCAGCUGCAGGCGGUGUGUGAGAGGUGCGUGAUCUGCGGGCAAGCGCUGGCGCUCAAGACGCAGCGUGUGCGGCCAUGCACGGACGACUUCUGCCUAUACCGCUUUGAAGAGCUGGGUCUGGCGUCUGACAUUCUCUCUGAGCUGCGAUCCCUCCCCCUCGCCGUGCAUCUGGACGUUUCGCUUGCUCUCGCGGCCGCCCAGGCCAGCAAUCGGGAUGUUUUUGAACCCUUCCCGUCGGGAGCGGCCAUGGGAGAGGAGGGGGGGGAGAGGGGCGGAGUGCAGAACAAGCGGCUGUCCGUGCUGGCCAGCGUUUUGCAGACUCUUCCUCCUCUGGCUGCCUUGCAGCAGUGCGAGUCGGAGUGGGAGCUUAAGGUGCUCCUCGCGGCCUGCUGGAUCAUUCGCUCUGCUGCGGUUCGCAAGGCCUUAGAGGCAGAGGAGGCUGAGAAGGCUAAGGUUGAAAAGGAGGCGGAAGAGGAGGGUGCAAGGGUGAAAGCUGACAGUGUGGCAGCAGGAUUGGCAGGGGCAGGGGCAGCUGGCGAGGGAGAGGGGGAAACUGGUGCGUCGGAAGCAGGAGCGGGAGCAGGAGCGGUGGGGCGAGGAGAAAAAGCUGCAGCAGUAGUGCCCGCAGCGGGGAAGGCAGCAGCAGCCGAGCCAGCAGCAGGAAAGGCAGCAGCGAAGGGCGGAGAUGGUGGGAUGAGUGGGGAGCAGCGGGUGCUGGCGGACGUGCUGCUGCCAUACCGUGUGCUGCGAUUCGUGGUGAGCACCAGCCGUCUCACUCUGCUCAAACUGGACGGCACUCCAGCCACCACCAACCAACCCCCACAGCAGCAGCAGCAGCAGCAGCAGCGCUCACAGGGCGCCAAGCGCCAGAGCAAGCAGAAGCAGCAGCAGGAGCAGCAGCAUUCCGAGAGCAUUCCGUCGAGUUUGGACGAGCGCCCAUCUCCUGCGACUUGGGGCGAAGGAGGCGAGUGGGCGUGUGCAGGGCUACCCCUCUCCGCGUGCCACCAGCUCGCAGUCUUUGCUGACGGUUGCCCCAAGCAGGCCCAGUUCGAGCGCCUCCGCCAAUCCAAGGGCUCCUUCUUUGCCUUCCACGGCAGUUCCACCUUCAACUGGUUCUCCAUUCUCAGGAACGGGCUUCGCAGCAUGAGCAACACAGGGUAUAUGUCCACUGGGGCUGCGUAUGGUUCUGGAAUCUACCUCUCCCCGCAUUUCGAAACCUCGUAUGGAUAUUCUGGGCGUGGGUAUGCGGAGGGGAAUGGGGGGGUUUGCUGUGUGGCGAUUUGCGAGGUGGUGCAUUCGCCUGCUGCUAGGGGUCGGCCAUACGAGAGCAUUGCGCCAGGACAUGGGAAGACGAUGGAGGAAAGAAUGUAUGAUGAGGAAACGUUGGUGGAUGAGGGGAAUGGGGUUGGGAAGGACAGUCCAGCGGAGGGAGAUACAGGGAUGAAUAUGGAUGUUACUGCUGGUGCUGGCGGUGCUGCUGCUGCUUCGUCUGUUGGUGGUGCUGGUUCUGCUACUGCUGCUGCUCCUUCUACUGCUGCUGCUGCUGCUGCUGGUUACCCUAGUCGUCGCAGUACAAACCCCGGAGGUAGAACUGCGGGUCAGGAGCUGCAGCGUGGGAGUGGAAUAGUGGUGGUGGAUCCAGGGUAUGAAGAGCAUGUGUGCAUACGUUUCCUCCUGCUACUCCCCCCAGGUUUCAACCCUGCUCAGCAUGUUAAGCAUGUGACAGCAGGCACGACAGGAACAGGCUCAGCAGCAGGAGGAGCAGGUGGUACUGCUGCUGGUCGCUGGGGGGGUUAUGUGAGGGGAAGUGACGGAGAAAGUCCGAUGACUAUUACAGGGGGGCGGAUGCUGCUGGGGGUGGAUCUUAGGCAGGCGCACGCUCGUGCGUUUGCGGCAUGGCAAACAAGGCGGAGAGAUGCGUUUGAGAGGAGGCAGAGGGAUCGGCUGAUGGCUCUGGCGGAUGAACGGCCGGAGGAGGACGAGAUGAGGGAGAGGAAGUGGGAAAAGGAGAGGGAGAGUGAGAGGGAGAGGGAGAGGGAGAGGGAGAGGGAGAGGGAGAUGGGGAGGGAGAGGGAGAGGAAGGCGCAGGAGCAGGUGGGCAAGCGGGGUACAGGAAGAGCACCGGACACGAAGAAUACGACUCCUGGAGCAACGAACGCGAUUCAGAAGGAGUAUCGAAACAUGAUGAGGCUCCAGUCUCGAGGCCACAGCUCCCUGCCCACGGGUUCCUUCACGCUCUCUCUUCCCAACGACGAAGACCUCUAUGUGUGGCGCGUGCGCCUCUCCCCCCUCGUCUUCAAGGACACGCCCUUCCACUCGGAACUAGCUCAGAUUCGUGUUAGCACCACCGCCACUGAUGGAGUUGGCGCUGCUGGUGCUGGUGGCAUUGCUGGUGCUAGGGGCAGCAACGAGCAUGGGGUGCAGGGGAGUGACGUAGAUACAAGUUUUUCAGGAACAGGAGAGGGAGCAGGAGCAGCAGCAGUGGCAUCACCAGCACAGGAGGCAGGGGUGGAACUGGAGAUUCGGUUUCCAG